AUGUUUUAUUUCCACUGUCCGCCACAGCUAGAGGGCACCGCUCCCUUUGGUAACCACUCUACGGGAGAUUUCGACGAUGGGUUUCUACGGAGAAAACAGCGCCGGAACCGGACCACGUUCACUCUCCAGCAGCUGGAAGCUCUCGAGGCAGUUUUUGCCCAAACACACUACCCCGAUGUCUUCACCAGAGAAGAGCUAGCCAUGAAAAUAAACCUCACAGAAGCCAGAGUGCAGGUUUGGUUCCAGAACCGAAGGGCCAAAUGGAGGAAAACAGAGAGAGGGGCCUCUGACCAGGAGCCAGGAGCCAAGGAGUCCAUGGCAGAGGUGACGCCCCCGCCCACAAGAAACAUCAACUCCCCACCCCCCGGGGACCAGGCCCGGAGCAAGAAGGAGGCCCUGGAGGCCCAGCAGAGCCUCGGGCGAACUGUGGGUCCCACAGGGCCUUUCUUCCCCUCUUGCUUGCCGGGGACCCUCCUGAACACAGCCACGUAUGCCCAGGCCCUGUCACACGUCGCCUCCCUGAAAGGGGGCCCACUGUGCUCUUGCUGCGUCCCAGACCACAUGGGGCUCUCCUUCCUCCCCACCUACGGCUGCCAGAGUAACCGCACGGCCAGCGUGGCUGCCCUGCGUAUGAAGGCCCGCGAGCACUCGGAGGCCGUCCUGCAGUCGGCCAACCUCCUGCCUUCGGCCAGCAGCAGCCCCAGCCCCGCGGCCAAGCCGGCGCCUCCGGAUGGCAGCCAGGACAAGACCCCUCCCAGCAAGGAACAGAGCGAGGGUGAAAAGAGUGUAUGA